AUGAGUGAAAUUGGUAAAAUAAAAAAGAAUUCUAUAUUAGGAAGGGUCAAAAGUCUUAUGAAGAAGAGUGAAAAUGAUGAUAAAAGGUCUUAUUUUGCCAACAUUUAUAAUGGAAAUGAAGCCAAAGGAAGAUUUUUUGAUGGUGGUGAUAAAAGUGAAGAUGAUGAUAAAAGGUCUUCUUUUGUCAACACUAAUAAUGGAAAUAAAA